AUCAUCUUUUCAUUACAUUGCAGAUCCACUAGACCAGCAAAGGCUUGAGGCUUCACGUACUUGUACAGGGGUCACAGCAGGAGCGACAGUAGGAGGCAUUCUUCUUACCCUGCUCAUUGGAGGGCUGUUCUAAUGGUGCUGUACCGAAACGGGUACAGAGUUGGACACGUUCUAAAAGGAGCUGCACGAAAAAGCUCCACUCACCCUGAACCUGUGGAAAUGGACAACAGAGGAUAUUCAUCAUUAGAUCAGAUCACUGCUCCAACGCAGUAUUCAAAUGUGGAGGAGGAAUCAGAAAAACAACAGUACACACAGUUGAAGAUUUAUGAGAAUACAAAAGAAAAUGCUGCAGGAGACACAAGUACCUAUGAAGGCGUGACAGAGACUCCCCCUGUGACCUAUGAGUCCAUCAGUACAUCGCCAUACCAGAACACUGGGGCACAUUCUCAAGGUCCUGACCACGGAAAUACCUUAGAAGCACAAGGGUAUACAUCAUGACUUCAGUGUCAGUUAUGGAUAAAAUACAGUAACCGACAAAAGAAACGUUACCCUCCUUCCAUAAUGACGGAGGUACCUACCUUGAGCUGGCGUUGUGAUACGUGGACGUCCACUUCUUGGUCUGUGUACGGGGACCCCAGUCUCUCUGACGCCCUGAAUAAGUAUUAUAACCGUGAUAUGAUGGCAUCCGAGGACGUUGGCAACCGCACUGUAUGUUGACCCUAUCUGCACCAUUACAAUGGCUCUUUCUCUCUCUUCAGCUGUUAAUCGUGGCAUAUUUAUCGCGCUUAUGUAUCAUACCAUGCAUUCUUGGCUCUAUUUAUACCCUAUAGAAUCAUUCUACAUGUGAAAUGGAUGCAACUACUGCUUGAAUUUUGCUGCGUUUUGGCGAUUGAUAUUGCUAUGUGUAAACAGAAAGUGGAAAAUUGUAUGUUUCUGUUGGCAUUUAGUGUACUCAUAAAGGACAGUGCAUUACUUCUUUGAGGCAUGGUGGUGAUGUUCAUGUUAUUUUCGUCGAUCAUUUAUCAUUGGAUAUUUCGCAUAGCAUGUGGUGAUCUUUUAAAAAGACAUAUACAUAAAUCGAGCCAGAAAACAAGAAUUAUAGUUUGCCAGUUAUGACGUGUCCGAUGCUGGUGGGACCCAGCCAUGAUUCGGAGAGGGAGCAGAACAGCUGGUAGAACUGAUGUCCAGUCAUACCGGGGUUAACAGUGAAACAGAGCAGACAUUGUGGGUAUGUACGUGAGACCUCCUCGCGGUGGGGUUGUGUGUAAUGCCCGACAAAACACCCUCCAAUGGCGCCCUGACAACUAUAGAAGAACUCGGCAAUGCUCACACUGAGUGGCAAUGUCAUCCUUAUAGGACACUUACUGGAAGCCUUAAACAACGAGGCAAGGUUGUUGGGGUAUCAGAUGGAUCACAUUCCCGCAACUGACAGUUCGUGGUUUUGGACAAGGAAUUUGUUACUGUGACUUUCUUUCGUGAGUUUCUAUCUUUUCUAACUUUGUGAGAAAGUUUCAUUGUGACGGUUCACUAUCGUUUGCUAUUUUAACAUAUGUUUGGACGUCCACAUGUGUUAUGUCUAUUCAAUAAAGGCCUGAGUAGGUGUUUAGUUACCACCUAAAGGGGGAUUGAAGCCCAAGGGCAUGACACGUUUAACAUUCACAAGGCAUGAUAGAAAUACAAUGAGGAACCUUCCGUCUGAACCUUGUCACACAUCGGCUUUCAUAUCAGUUUACUGUGGGAGUACUUUACCACGCUGGCAACCAGGAAAACUCCACAAAUAAUCAACACAACUCGGAAGUGAAUUACACACGAAAUAUCCACAAAAGCUUGAUGUAUAUCGCAAUAUAAAGCUAUUGACAAUUAUCAGUGUCAAACUAUGCAUUCAGUAAUUAGGCAAACACCAGGCAAGAACAGAGGUGGUCGAGGUCAUUUGAAUCAUAACACCACAUCAUACGCUCUUUGCAAUACCCCUGAACACUCACUCGCCAUGCACGAGCACAUACAAAUGCGGAGUACAUGGGUCACUUGGUCGUAUUUUGUAGACAGAAGCAUGUAACGUGUCAUUGUCGAACACAUGCAUUUACACCAAAUGAAGAGUCAUGUCUUUAUCACGGGCUCUCGUGAGCACAAAAGAACAAAUACUUUGUUCACAAGUUGCUAUUGUAAUUUUUUGGCCGUUUCGUUUUGCAACAAUAAACAGUAUUCAUAUACAUAUGCA